AUGGAAAAGCGCGGUGCCAGCGGCCGCGGCGAGCCCAUCCAUAGCAUUCUGAAGAAGCCCAAACCGCGCCGCGGCGAUCUCCUCGACAAGAGCACGAAAAUCAAACGCGAGAGGAAUGGCACUAAGAAGGGAGAUGUGAACCAGCCGUUGCUCCACGGCUGCACGCCCCUUAUGUACGCCUGUCAGCAGGCGGACUAUAGGACUGUCGUUGAUAUACUCAAUAAAGACCCCGCUUCGGCGCGGGUGCGUGACCGGGCGUUUAGGUGCGCCCUGCAUUACUGCGCGUCGAGCGGCGGCCCGGCUAGGGCUGCUUCGCGGGCGGCGUGCGCUGACCGCGUGCUGAUGGCGGCGCCUUCCCUGGCGGACGCCCGCGACGCUGACGGCCUGACACCCCUACACCUGGCGGUGGUGCACGGGAACGUGCCGCUGGUGCAGACGCUGCUGGCCGCCGGCGCGGACGUGAACGCGCGCGACAACGAGCACCACACCGUCGUGCAUUGGGCAACCGUAUGCGGAGAAGUGGGUGCGCUGCGCGCGGUGCUGGCGGCGGGCGCGGAUGCUGCGACGCCCGACCAGCACGGAGGCUACCCGUUGCACUACGCCGCUCAGAUGUGCGGAGCACCGGCCGCCACCGACCACCAGAGUAGGGGGGCAGCGUUGGAAGUAUUGAGGGCUUUGGUGCGAGAGGGACGGGUUAGCGUGGAGGUGCGUGAUGCAGACGGACGCACGCCGCUGUUGUGGGCCGCGUCGGCGGGCUCCGCCGCAGCCGUGCUCGCCCUCCACCAAGCCGGCGCCCGGGUGGAUGAUGCUGACAGGGAUGGCUUAACGGCUUUACACUGCGCGGCUGCGAGGGGCCACACGGAGGCCUUGGAGACUUUAGUCGGCCUCUGUGGCGCCCGAGUGGACGUGGCAGACUCCCACGGCUGCACCCCCUUGCAUUACGCUGCGGCUCUGGGCCACGCCGACGCCACAUCAGCGCUUCUGGUGCACGGGGCCGACGCACAUCGUCAGGACAAGAGAGGUCGAAGCCCUGCGCAUACGGCGGCCGCCAAAGGCCAAAUAGAAACUGUCCGAAUCCUCGGAGCGAGAGGAGCAAAUUUAUGGUUGCGAAAUUCGAAGGGCGAUCUGCCAUUACAUGAAGCUAUUGCGUCGGGGCGCAGGGAAUUGGUGAAAUGGCUUUUAGAUGGACGACCGUCGCAAGUUAAUGCAACAAAUCACGAGGGUCGCACGCCUCUGCACAUAGCAGCGGCAACCGACAACGCUGACCUCUGUCGAUUACUGCUCGACCGCGGCGCCGAUGUGAAUCUUAUUGCGAGAUCAUCUAAGAACGAGCCAUUAACGCCUCUAGACUGUGCAACCAGUCAGCUGACUCGAAGAAAAUCAUUUCAAAUUCUCUCGGGGCCAGAUGACAUAAACAAAACCGAAGAUUCAACGGAUACUAAACAAAGUUUAGAAAUUGAUAAUGUUGAAGAUGUAGGUUCUCAAGAUAAAAGUAGCUCAGCAUCAGUAUCAUUUGCAAAAAAAGAUGAAAUAUUUAAAAUAAAUGAUUCAGAUAAUUUAUCAGAACAUUUGAUGGGCGAAGAAGUCGUGCACGAGGAAAUCAAAUCAGAAACAAAUCGAUCAUCAGAAGACAAAAUAAACAUGGAUAGGAAAAAUUUCAACCAACAAGAUUUGAGAAAUCAAUAUGCAUCGACCACUACGAGCAGUAGUGACGCGACACAGAGUAAUGAUAAAGGAAUUCUAAUAAAUUCACGCAGCGAUAUAUCAUCACAUGACCGCGCAGUCCAGCAAAUUAUAAUGCAAAGUGGAUCUGAAGACUUUGAUUUAAAUUCAUCUGUCGUGCCGGAUGAAACACGGAAAAGCACCUAUAUAAGAGAUAGCGUGGGAAGUAGCCGAAAGAGUAGUAUUUAUGAAACCGAGAGCUACAAAGUUUUGUCAGAUGUUACACCUGCUAUUGAAGGUAUUUUGAAAAAAUCCAAUGUAGGCGAAGGUUCUGUAGAGCAGGAUAAACCAAAUAGCGAAGAUAAAGUAAUGCUCCUCAGAGAUAAUUUUUUUGGUCGAGUGCCCAGCGUGAGUGAUAACGAAAUUUACUGCAGCCUCUCAGAGGCAGAUGGACGUCGAAAACGAUUUCGCAAAAAGGGUCGUACAAAAAGUAGAAUAACAGCAAGAUCUAAAAGCGAAAACUCGGAGAGAGGUUACGAAUCGAGUGGGUUGAUGGAUUCUGGCUUUGAGCCAAGUCCUAGACCAGUACAACGGUGUAUUAUGAGUCCACGUCUCAACGCCUAUUAUCAACAAAGAAACGCAAGUGGCAGGUUUUCCAAAAUAACAGACAGUAAAAUACCUGUGAGAAAGCCUGGCGAUAAAAACGCUGUAGAUAUGAGGUCGGUCACCCAGAGGAUACAGACUAAUAUGAGAAGAUAUUAUUGCGAAAGAAAAAUAUUUCAGCAUUUACUGGAGCUUAAACGCUUACAAAUAAGAACUAGCAAGGCAAAUGAGGCAGUACUAGUGAAGAGAGCUAUUGAUGAAUAUAAUAAGUCUAGUUUAGCAAACGUUGGUUUAGGCCAAUACAACAAUCCAGAAUAUUCUUUUAGUAGCUUUGAAAAAUUUUUGUACGACAGUUUGAGAAAGUUACAAAAAAGUGGCAAGAAACACUUAGAUCGACUACCUGAAAAACACAUAGAUUUUGACUACGGUGAGAGCGAACUUUACAAAAUGAGUGCUAUUCCGGACAACCCGUGUUUGUGUACUAGCAAGACACAUCGAUGUUUUCAUGCCGUACAUGCCUAUACUGGUAUACCAUGUUCUGCAUAUAUUCCUUACAAAUGGAAUCAUCAUACAAUGCCCAAACCAGCGACAGCCGGUCCAAGUACUAAAUCCAGAGGCUUCCUCCCAAAAAUCAACUCUAAACCACCAACAGGUGCUAGCAAGGCACAUGUAACUUUGGAGGUGUCUCACGGCUCAGAAAAGCAGCUGAUCGCACUUCCCGCCGAAAAAUUGGAUAAAAACAAAAGAUAUUACGUGACUUUCACUGUUAAAGGCUCCGAACCAACAUCGGAUAACGAUAAUGCAAUUGGUGCGACUAGUUCAAAUAACAAAAGCUUU